AUGUCUCGAUUAACAACGCAACCUCAAAUAAUUGUAGAAGAAGAAGAGGACGAGGAAGAAGACGAAGAUGUUGCAACUCCACUUCGACCUUCAGAUACAUUUCCACUUCGUCGAAGAAAUUCACCAUAUUUUGCAAAACCUCUUCUUGACACCGAAGAAAUAGUUUAUGCUCCCUCGCCUACGCCAUCUACAGUAUCCACAAUGUCUAGACAUGAUUUUUUGAAUUUCCGAAUUAGUGAUGAAAUUAUGACUGGAAUGAUUCCAAUUAGUUAGUUUUCGUUGCUUUCCGUUUAAUUAAAUCUCUAAUUCAUCAUCUUUAAAAAUUCAGGUACAAUUCACGAACGAUCGAAGGGUUGUAAAACUGGAAAAUACGUAUAUACAGCAACUAUGGCGAAUUAUACGGUCGCUGAAUAUCUUAUUGAAACUGGAGAGGAUGAUAAAAUCACAAGUUCGAUUGAACAUUUGUGUCAAUUGAGGCAUCGAAGAGUUGCGAGAACUUAUGGUUAUCAUUGGAAAAAUAAUCAAUUGUUUAUAUUUCGAACACAUGUUCCAAAUGGGACAAUUGCAGAUCGAUUGAAGAAAUCUUCAUUGUCUGAGGAACUCGCAUUGAAAUAUACUUGUCAAACUUUGGAUGCUCUUUCUUAUUUGCACGAUCGGAAAAUUGUACACGGCAAACUGAAUGGUAGAGAUUUUUUUGAUUUUUCCCCAGUACAUUUUUUUCCAGCAUCAAAUCUUCUUCUCACAUUAUCCAAUGAUAUUUUAUUAUCCGAUCCUUAUAUCGAGGGUAUUCCACAAAGUCAAAAACGUCGUGCUUUGCUCAGUUCUCCACCAGAAGCUUUCAAAACCUAUGCCUCUUUUCCUUGCCUCACAAUGGCUUCUGAUGUCUGGUAAUCCAUCCAAUUUUUUGAUCUACCUUUUUGUUUCAAACCCAAUUUCCAGGGCAGUUGGUUGUCUUCUAGUUGCGAUGAUCACUAGAUUUUCACCAUUUUCUGAUCACUUUUUGCAUUUUCAUGGUGAAAAAUUACACUGGGAAUUGAUGAAAGAGUGGACAUCUCAGCAUUCGUUGAGUUUCACAAGCCAAGUUUUAUUGCCAUCAAAAACUUCGAAAGAUAUCUGCGAUCUAGUGGAUCAAGUAUUCACAAUUGAUUCUGAUAAACGGCCAACAUCUUCAUUUUUAUUGGAAAUAUUUGGACCAAAAUCGAGAAAAACAUCAAUUCGAGCAUCAUUGACAUCGAUGCGAAAAGAAAGUCGAAAAGAAACACAAAUAAUCAAAAUAGCAUCAGAAGAAGUUGAUGAACAUCAAGAAUUUGUUGAUGAAAAAAUUGAGAAACUUCGAAAAACCUAUGAAAAACAUGUGCAACACAGUAAUGGAGAAGGUUUCCGCGCGUUUUUCCGCUGGUAUUUUUCAAGAUUUAUUAUUUUUUCAAUUCUUCUUAUUAAAUGGAUUGGAAUGGUUCUUUGUGCUGGUUUAAGUCUUGGACUUGUUGCUGGAACUGUUUUUCUAGCUAUUUAUUUUAUUUACAAUGGAAUUCAGUUUGUUUGUCAAUGCAGUUUGAAUGAGGGAUUUGUUGUCCUUAUUGCUCUAAUUUUAUUACCAAUUAUCAUACUUUUGACAACUUUAUGCUGUAAUAACUCACUUGAAAAAUACAACAGCGAUGUUGAGAGUGGAAAAGUGGAAAGAUCUCGAUAUGUUAUGAAAACUCCUCAAAAAGAUGUAGUUUUAUGUGGAUAUAUAGUUAUCGAAGGAAAACCACGACAAGAAAAUGAGAGAAAGGUAAGUUAGCCUAAUUUCAGUUUUUAAAUCUUUAUUUAUUGUUUGUUUUAGCAAGGAAUUUCGGAAGGAAUGGCACAGCUAAUGAAUCGCGGAGAUUUUCUAUCAGGUGUUGCGAGGAUCGCCUAA